UUGCAUGCGCUGUAGCCCUGUGGUAAUAGUAAUCUUAAAAAAGGAAAAAUAUUGUCAGCCACUGGGAAUAAGGUACAUCAAGACAGCAGCGUUGCGACAGAGACGGAGAAUUCGAACGACAUGAAUGCAGAAAAUAAUCAUACGGCAGAAACGGUGAGGGAGAAAACGAAGAACGGCAAGGAGACGAUCAUCAUUCAGACCACGCUAGGGGACGAAGGUUUUCUGUCUAUGCUGUCAGAUGAAGAUGUGCACAAAUGUGGACGCUGUCAGUCCGAAUUUUCCACGCUGGAAACUUUCAUUCAGCACAAGCUGCACGACAAGUGCAAACGUGUCGAGGUACAGGAGGCCAGCAGCCGGGAUGCCAACACGGAUGUUGCUGCAGCCAACAGAAGUUCUGCAGAGGAGAAAACAGCUAAAGAAGGAAGUAGUAGUCUGCUGGGCCGAGGGCGCAGGAAGAAAAUUGCCUCACAGAAACUCAGUGACCAGUCAGAUGUGGCUGAAGGAUUGGUAUCUGAUAAUGCUGACAGUGACAAGCCUGUUUACGAAAUGAACCAUGAGGGACGCUACAUUUGCCAGCUUUGUCAAAAGACAUUUAAAACGACCAAUAUCUUGAGAACUCACAUGACAACUCACACUGACCAGAAGAACUUCUCAUGCGACUUAUGUGGCAUCUGCUUUCGUACUAAAGGCUCCUUGAUUCGCCACAACCGUCGUCACACUGAUGAACGGCCGUAUCGUUGUAAUCUUUGUGGCCAGUCCUUCAGAGAGUCAGGUGCCCUCACCAGACACCUUAAAGCUCUCACACCCUGUACAGAAAAGAUCCGCUUUGUUCAGUACAAGGAGAUCCUGGUCAGCAAAGAUGGAGUACAAAAAGAACCUCCAUGGAGUCACAGACAGGUCUGUGUGCAUUGUCCAGGUGUCGAAGCUAAUCAUGCUGUAGUGGAUAGCCAACCAGAGGUAGUGGUUUUGGAGCAGCAGCCAGAGGAGCAGGAGAUGAUGGAGACUCAAACUGCUGUUGUCAGUGUGGUAGAGGCUGGUACUCAAGAGGUCCUCCAUCAGGUCCAUUUCACAAUGGAGGUGGAUGGAACAAUGCAGGAGCAACAGGUGAUGGUAGAACAGUCACAGGCAGAAGCCCUGGCUGCAACUGCGACAGUGGGCGACAACCUCAUCUGCCAGGCCAUCAUCAACUCUGGUAUUGCACUGGGGACGGAGGAAGCAGUGGUUGAGGAGACCUCUCAGGCAACCGAGGAGCUAAAUAAAGUGGUUUCUGACUGUCCUGAUGUCGACAAGAGUGUUGCAGAGAUCCAAACUAAGGAAGAGUUUGUGGAAAUGGAGAUAGAGGAAACAGAGGAUGGAGAUGAUCAGACACCCUCAAAACUGCACGCAUGUCCACACUGUAAUCGCUCCUUCAAGGGCCUGAACUACUUUCGCUUUCAUGUCAGGGGCCAUUUGGGUUAUAAGCCCUUCAAGUGCACACUUUGCCAAAAAGAGUUUCUGACUGGUUACAUGCUGAAGAAACACAUGGAAGUUCAUGUCAGUGAGAGGAGGUACAAGUGUGGUGAGUGUGGCAAGCUGUACAAAACCGUUGGGCAUGUACGUGAGCACAUGAGGGCCCACUCAGAUGAAAGACCCUACCACUGUGCCAGAUGCAACAAAGGAUACAAGACCAAGAAUGCCUUGCAGGUACAUCAGCGGACUCAUGUUGAUGAGAAACCCUAUGUGUGUCAGUUCUGCAUGAGAGGCUUCAGGGAAAAAGGUUCUCUGGUUCGACAUAUCCGCCAUCACACUGGGGAGAAGCCAUUUAAAUGCCCAAAAUGUGGCCGGGGCUUUGCUGAGCACGGGACCCUCAAUAGGCAUAGGCGUGCUAAAGGAGGCUGCCAAAAGGAAGAUUCCAGUGAGCAGCAGGCUGUGGUAACAGAGGAGCAGGAGUCGGUGGACAGCCUCGCUACAGCAGCCAUCAUCUCAGACGACCCUCAUGCUGUCCUGGUGGAGUUCUCGUCAGUGGUGGCAGACACACAGGAGUAUAUCAUCAAGACUCAGACAGAGGAGGUAGUGCAGGAAGAAGAGGUUACACUCAUUCAAGAUGGCCAAAAUGAGAUGGGAAACCACAUCAUGAAAGUAGUGCAACGACUUGUCAGCCAGUCACAUGGUGCUGGUGGCACGGGCAGCCACCAGAUCAUUGUGCGUAAUGUGGCGGUGAACGAGGAGGGCCCAUCAAUCUCCGACUGCGGGGACACUAUCACCAUUGCUACACCUGAGAGCCUCACGGAGCAGGUGGCCAUGACACUGGCCUCCGCCAUCAGUGAUGGCACGCUGCUGGCCACGGCGGGCACGGUGGAGACGGCAGAUGGAACAGUUACCAUGAUUACUGCCGAGGAAGCUGUGGAGGAGGGAAUACAGGUGGUGCAGCAGCAGGAGGAAUACGUCAUCACCUCCCCAGAUGAGGUGGAGGUUCAGACUGUUGUCGUAUGAUCUGAUGGGACACUAUCGACAGUAACACAUGGCUCAGCUGUGUCUGUGCUGCCCAUCGUUAUAGAAUUUGUGAACAUCGCGUGAGAUCGUCACAAAACAAAGGCCAAAGUGCUCAGAAGAAGAAAAAAAAUCUACAAAGACGUGUGUGAGAAAUGAAACGUGCAUGAGGACUAGUUCUGCCGGAUUGUUGUUGGAUCGGUUUACUGAAAUGAAUCACUGCAUUCAGUAUUGUAGCUAAAGGAACAGCUAGAUUCAUUUUGAAGGCCUGGACAGAUUCAGUUCCUUUUAAGUGGUACAAACCGACCACGCCUUUGCCCUCAUCUCUUUUCCCAUCUUUCCUUUACUACCUAAAAUGGCAUCAUUGUACUUCCGCUCACUGCUGUCCAGACCAGCUACACAAGUUUUUAAACCUUUUGCCUCCCUUUGGGGACUGACAGCUUCAGUCUGCGCAUGUGUGCCUCACUGUCUGAAGCUGUUCAGAGACACUAUUACUCUCCCAUUGCACAGUGUUUCAGUAAUGAGCGGGGUCAUUCAUAAUGCAUCUUUUACACAUGACCAAUACAGCAGUACAGAGAUGUAAAAAGCUGGUUUGUUUAAUCAAGCUGAGUUUGCAUCAAAUAAAAGCUAUUUUCUUAAGCAGCUGACUUCAGCUGAUGUUUGUUA